AUGGUUGACGUACCUUCCGAGUUCUCUGUAUCUUCGGCUUCAUCAACUCGCUCGGAAGCAUCCUCGAACGAAACUGUUAUUCAUACACCAUCUCCCGCAGGGCCCGACCGGCAACCAUCGCUGCCCCAGGCUCGGAUUGGAGAGAUCCUGAGGAUACCCUCCACGAGAGCUGACUUACGAGGAAUUCGCGAUGAUGCUUUACGGGAACAUAUCUGGAGACAGUCAUUGGACUAUAUACCUUUGUCGCUUCGUCACACUGGGUUGGAGAGAUUUCCUCAAUUUCAGAUACCAUUGUCGGAACUUAGGCCGCCACAGGAUUCUUUGCCCAAUAACCCUAGACCACGGCAACCUAUCAUUCUUGAUGGAAGCGCAGGUUGGAGGGCACGUCAGCGUGGCAGGACCGAGGUCAACAUAGCUACGGCCCGACUGCUAGAGGAGAUGGAAAGAUUACGCCAGGAGGAUCUUCGCAUCAGAGAAGACCGUCGUCAUAUCGCAUAUCUCCUUCGUCGCUUGAUGAUGGCCAACCAGCCCAUAAUUCUAAACCAUAUUCCUCCUCCGCAGAUGCCGGUCAAUGCGGAUUUCCCAUUGCGGGUAUUAGAGGACACCGAGAGAGAAAACGUCGUCAAUAGACUUUCACCACAUACUAGGCAGCGUUCUAGACCUGUUAGACAACGGCCUGAUGAGGUCAGAGAGGAAUCCGAAGGGACUGAAAGGGACCCGUUCGACGAGGGGUGA